CAAAUGAGCCUAUGCAACCCAGACCAAAAAAUCCCUAAAAUCUAGGGUUUCACCAUGGCAUUUCCUCGCUCUCAAUUGCUUGGCAGUAAUGUUUCUUUGCCGGGCAUUUCACUUUUUCUUAAUACGGCGUUGCCACCUCUGUGCAUUUUGUUACUAUUUUUGAAUCAGCCAGCAUGACUCAACAAGCACCUAGUAAAAGAGUUGUUGUUGAAGGGGAAAAAGAAGAUAUAAUCAUUGCUCUACCAAGAAACGUUGUUGAUCGUAUCCUUGAGCUCUUGCCGGUUCACGAUGCAGCAAGAACUAGUAUUUUGUCUAGUAAAUGGAGAGAUAUUUGGGUCUCACUUCCAUAUCUAGUGCUAAAUAACUAUUUUUGCAAAAAGUUGACAGCAAAAUCUACAAUUGUUUUUAAAAUAACAAUUGAUGAGAUUCUCUUACAGCAUGUUGGAGAUAUUGUAAAGUUUGUUCUUGACGUUUCAAGAAUAAAUUUGUCUUCAUAUGCUAGUAUUAAUAGAUGGAUGCGUUAUGUCACCAGAAAUGGUGUCAAGGAGCUAACUAUUAAUAUGUCGGAUAAUAGAACUUAUAUACUACCUUCUUCUGUAUUUAAUUGUCCGGCCUUCACACGCUUGGAACUCUUCAACUGUGUCUUCAAACCAUCAAAUUCAUUUCUUGGCUUUCAGAAUCUUACGUAUCUUCAUCUAGAAAGAAUAACAUUUGUGCCAACCAACCAGUUUUGUGUUAUCGAUGUUCCCCUUCUUGUGGAUUUAGUCUUGAUGUUCUGUUGUGGCACUCAAUACUUGAAGAUGGUUUCACCACAGUUGGGGUCCUUGGUUGUUCUUGUGGGUCACUAUCUCAUGCUAAAUUGCUUUAUGAAUUGCAAUAAACUGAUCCUGUUGGUGAUUGAAUUGGAAAAAGUGGAGGAUAAUCCAAAACAUGAUGAAAUAUCAACUUUGGAAAGGUUUCUAUUUAGCUUUGGUUCACUUGAACAACUUUAUUUGGGUUCCUUGGUCCUUGAGUUUUUGAACGCAAAUAUAGUUCUGGAUGAGCUUUCUUCCAAGCUCAACUGCUUGUGGUGUCUACACUUAGGUGUUGAUUUCAACAAAGUGGAUCAGACUUGUUGUACUCCACAGUUAAUCAAAAGUUUUCCUAAUUUGAGGAAACUUCUGAUUACGGUCAAGGGUAGUGAUGACAAUGUUGAAACAAUUAUGAAAUAUUUGGAGACACAAACCUGCUUGAAUAGACCACUUAACAAGCUCAAGUAUGUGACCAUCAGUUCUUUUAAGUGUUCAAAAACCAAGUGUUUUUUGUAAAGCUAUUAUGUGCUCGCACUCCGUCUCUUGUAAGGAUGUGCAUUCAGCAAGGGAUAGCCAUUGAUUCCAAGGAAGAAAGGAAUAUCACCAUAAAAUUGAUGCGUUUCCCCAGAGCUUCCACACGGGCAGAACUGUUCUAUUUUCCAUUUGAGGUUAUGAACGCAGACUGAUUCCCCUGUUUUCAAUGAGUUUCGUUAAACAAGGCACUGAAUUGGCCAAUUUCUUAAACGUGUGGUUUCCUUAACGAUUAAUAUGUUCAUCAAUUGGAUGUUAUUAAAGUUAAGAGUCUGUGUUGAUA